AGAGAGAGAGAGAGAAAAAAAAAAGAAGCCAACUCAUCUGACACAAACAGCCAAAGAAAGGGGAAGAGCAGGAGCGGCAGUGUCCAGAACGAGUGGAAAAAUCAAAGUUGGAGCGGGUGAAGGGCAAAAGAAGUAGAGUCAGGAGGGAGAGGAGCCUGAGAGUCUGCACAAAGGUUGGAGAGAAGUGGGAGCAAAGAAAGUUUUUAACCGGCACAAACCCAGGAGGACAAAAAGGGGGUUUAAGCAGAGAGGGCCCCAACAUUCAGAGAGAGAAAACAGGAUGUCGACGCUGCCGUCAGACACCAGCCCUGAAGAUGCCAACAAUCACAGCUUUUGGAUGCCUGGGAACUAUCAGCGCACUGUGAAGCGAACAGAAGAUGCGUUCCAGGCCUGCAAUGACAUCGUGGUGUGUUUCCAAGAGAGAGCUCGGGUGGAGAGACAGUACGCCCAGCAGCUCAGUGAAUGGAGCAACAAGUGGAAGCCAGUAGUGGACUCCAGUCCUCUAUAUGGAUCCCUUAUGAAGGCCUGGCAGUGUUUCCUGUCCUCCGCUGACCGGCUAGCCUCCCUACACGCCUCCAUCUGUCGCUCUCUGGUGGCGGAGGACGGAGACAAGGUCCGGACCUGGCAGAAGGACACCUUCCACAAGAAGUUAUUCGGAGGCUUCAAGGAGUCUCAGGACACUGAAACAGGAUUUGCACGUGCUCAGAAGCCGUGGGCCAAACGACUUAAAAAGCUGGACACCGCCAGGAGGGCGUACCACAAGGUGAGCCGUAAGGAGCAGAUAGCCAGAGAGCGAGAGACACACGCUCAGGGGAACCCGGAUGUGGCCAUCGACAAACAGAAGAAGAUCCAGGAGGAGAGAGAGUUGGCUCAGCAGGACGCUGACAAGGUUCGCGUACGCUACGAGAAAGUCCUGGAGGAGGUGAACCGCUACGCCCCCCGUUACAUGGAGGAGAUGGAAUCCGUCUUCGACCAGUCGCAGGAAGAGGAGCGGAAGAGGAUCGUCUUCCUCAAACAGGCCUUCCUCUCCAUCAACAAACAUCUGGAUAUCACCACCAAUGAGAGUGUGAGAGCCGUGUACAACGAGCUCCACAACACACUGAUGGCCAUCGAUGAGCAGGAGGACCUGCGCUGGUGGAAAAACAUCUACGGGCCUGGCAUGCCCACCGACUGGCCUCACUUCCAGGAAUGGACACCUGCAAAGAAAGCCAAGAAGGGGAAGAAAGAUGUAGAAAAGAAAGAAACAAAAGAAAAGAGCGUGAUGAUUGGAGGAGUGAGAGUCCGAGCUCUGUAUGAUUAUGUUGGACAGGAGACGGAUGAGCUGUCCUUUAAAGCAGGUGAGGAGUUCUUGAAGAUCGAGGAUGAGGAUGAUCAGGGCUGGUGUCGGGGGAUGAAGGACGACGGGGGGGAGGGGCUUUACCCCGCCAACUACGUGGAGGUGGUGGUGUAGCUCUUGCGUGUCGUCUGAGAAUGAAAGGUCCUGUUGGGUCACGUGGCUCAUGUCACUGUGGAAGUGGCCGCCUGGUUAAAGAACAACACGGAGCAGCUGUUAGCCGAAGAUGUGGUCUGUGACGACGGGGUGGUGGAUAGUUUAGCAUGUCGAGGUUUUUAAAGUGUAAACUCUUGAAGGAUUUUGACAAAUAUUUUAAUAUAUACAGUGUGCAUUCACCCCUUGUAUUGAAGCCAUAUGAUAAGCAAUGCUUUAAUGUAGAAAAAGAUAAAUAUGCUGGAGUCCAAAGGUACUUUAUAUAUAUAUAUAUAUAUCUAAACAUCUGGUGCUGAAACUGCAUUACACAAGUGCUAUUUUCUUUGAGCUGUUACAUUUACCUGCACCUCAACACAAUGCUAUUAAGGGCUCACAAAGCCUCACGACAUAUGAAGAACGUGAUGCUACUACUGUGAUUUAUAAUGAAUCGGAAGCAGCUGUAAGAGUGGAGUCAGUCAGCUGUGACACCUGCGUUUCUGGGUUUUUAAAGGAACAGGCUGAAAUGUUGAGGAAGGUGGUUGUUUGUUGUUUCGCCCUAAGUCGAGUCAUUUUCAGACAUGAACUCUGGGGGAUGUCCUUACAAUUGGAUCUGGACUUUCUUCAGUUUUCCUUUCACAUAUGAAAGACCCAGCUGGAGAUUGUCCAUUUUGGGGUGGUGCAGAGGCAGGAUGUAACAUAUUAAUUCCACUGCAGAGAUCACGUGUGUUUGUUUACAUCAACACCAGCGUCGGCUCUUUCCAACAAAGCUUUCUUCACAUCUUGGUGUCCGUCUUACACGUAUGUGGCAUCACUCUUUUUAAUCCAGAGAAAGACAAUUUUUUUCGUAUUCGUCUGCCUCUCAUUAGAAACGUCAUCACGCUCACUUGAGGCGAGUCCUCCGGAGAAUCAUCUGCUGUGUUCUUGCAUUGGCUCAAUAUGCAGAGUUCUUCCUCAGGGGGGCUGGCUGGAGAAACUGUAGAAAGUCCAGCUUCUCUUACAUUUGCAUUCUCACAUUCAGCCCCCCGAGACUGUCAGAUUCUCUGUAGUUCAGAAAUGUCUGAAAGCAACUGUAGAUAAAAAAGAAAUA